ACUUAAAAAUAUUUCACGACCUCGGUUAAAAAAACUGCCGAAAUUCGUCGGCUCUUUCGAUUCUUGCUGAUAUGUCAGUUGAAAAUUUCCCAUUGCCGAUAAUCAGUGCCAUUUAAAACUGAAAUAUCAGUUAAACAAAUAUUUUAACCGAAACUCGGCAACACAACAUGCCGAUUACAUACGUUAACACUGCUGUCACCGAGGUCAUCCGUCAAAAUAACCGAAAUUUCGGCCAUGCUAUUUGAGUUAGCCGAGGCUCGGUUUUCUAUCUGUCAUUCAUCAUUUAGUCGAUGCAGAAACCUUUCGGAGUGAUUUUGUGUUAUAAAAUCAAUAGUGUGAAAAAUAAAUGAAAAUAUGACACCCAGCGUGAAGAAACCGAUCAUCAGUAGCGUACGAUCGGACACGGGUGGGCUACGAAGCUCUGUCAACGCACGUAGCCAGUGCACAUAAGAUCGUCGCUCGAAGCAGUCCUUAUCCAAGGAUUACCGGAUGCUAGUUCGAUUGGACCAACAUUUGCCGGCCCGUUCGGACUUCCAGGUUUCAUUUCCAGUUACCUUCACGAGAACCGUGUCUGUACCGGUGUCCGCUCUAUGCCCGGCCCAUCUUCCUGCACCCUUACUACAUCCAGACGCUGUACACCAUCUGGUGUUGUAUCGGCGCCCGUCCCUGCGCUUCCCAUCUCACCACAACUCUCACAAUUGGGGGGGAGGUGACUUCCUGCCGUCCAACUACAGAUACGAUGGUGGCAUCAUGCUGCAGAAAAUGUACAUCGGCAAUCAGCAUGGGCUCUGGCUGUUAUGGUUAUGUCUCAAUAAAUAAUUGUGUUUGUAUUUAUAACUCAAACUAACUUUUUACGCAAAUAAAACCGCUAAAAUUAAAAAA